CAUGUUCUGCGUGUGUUGCCGGUUGGCGACUGCAGUGGAAGUCUAGAUAGUUCUGUAGAAAUGUUUCUUCAUAGGGGAUUAGGAGUGUGUAAUAUAAAGACGUUCAUCACAGUUUACAGAAGUCGGCUUUUGAUAUAAGAUCACAUAAAAAAGGAAGCUAUUUAUUGAGCUUUUACAGACUAGGGAUUGUAAUAGGUUUCUUUAAGUCGUUCUUUUUAAAUUGAUAUAUAUAUAUAUAUAUAUAUUUAUUUAUAAGAGAAAGUGGCAUCUCCAUCCUCUUCAUCAUGUCAGUGGUAGGUAUUGAUGUUGGCUUCCACAACUGCUACAUCGCUGUUGCCCGGAGCGGGGGCAUCGAAACCAUCGCAAAUGAAUACAGCGAUAGAUGCACACCAUCAUGUGUAUCUUUGGCAUCCAGAAACCGUACAAUCGGAAAUGCAGCAAAGAGCCAGAUAAUAACCAAUUCAAAGAACACAAUCCACGGCUUCAAAAAGUUCCACGGCAGAGCAAUCGAUGAUCCCUUUGUGCAGGCGGAGAAGUCGAAGAUUCCAUACAGCCUGCACAAGAUGCCCAAUGGCAGCACUGGAUUUAAGGUGCGAUACCUGGAUGAGGAGAGGCUGUUCACAGUUGAGCAGGUGACAGCAAUGUUGCUGACUAAACUGAAGGAGACUGCAGAGGGGGCGUUGAAGAAGCCAGUGGUAGAUUGUGUCAUCUCUGUUCCCAGUUUCUUUACGGAUGCCGAGAGGAGAUCUGUGAUUGAUGCCUCUCAGAUUGCUGGUCUGAACUGCCUGCGCCUGAUAAAUGACACCACUGCAGUGGCUCUUGCUUAUGGAAUAUAUAAGCAGGAUCUUCCUACCCCUGAGGAGAAGCCCAGGAACGUGGUGUUUGUGGAUAUGGGACACUCUGCCUACCAGGUUUCCAUCGCUUCCUUUAACAAGGGAAAACUGAAGGUUCUUGCCAGUGCUUUCGACCCUUACCUGGGAGGCAGGAACUUUGAUGAAGUCUUAGUGGAUUAUUUCUGCGAGGAGUUCAAGAAGUAUAAGCUGAAUGUAAAGGAGAAUGUGCGUGCGAUGAUCCGUCUUACUCAAGAGUGUGAGAAGCUCAAAAAGCUGAUGAGUGCAAAUUCUUCUGACCUCCCUCUGAAUAUCGAGUGUUUCAUGAAUGACACUGAUGUGUCAGGGAAAAUGAACAGGAUUCAUUUUGAAGAAAUGUGCAGUAACUAUUUAGCAAGAAUAGAAGCACCUUUGAGAGCUGUGAUGGAACAGGCUAAACUUACACGUGAGGACGUCUAUGCUGUUGAGAUAGUAGGAGGAGCUACGCGGAUCCCGGCAGUCAAAGAGAGGAUCUCGAAGUUUUUCGGGAAAGACAUCAGCACCACACUGAACGCUGAUGAGGCUGUCGCGAGAGGGUGUGCUUUACAGUGUGCUAUCCUUUCACCUGCAUUUAAAGUGCGUGAGUUUUCAAUCACAGAUGCAGUUCCUUACCCCAUCACGCUGAAAUGGAAAUCAAGCUCCGAUGAAGGUGUUGGGGAAUGUGAAGUUUUUGGCAAGAAUCACCCAGCCCCAUUCUCCAAGGUCAUUACCUUCCACAAGAAGGAACCCUUUGACUUGGAAGCCUAUUACAGCAAUCCACAAGAUCUGCCAUACCCUGAUACAAGAAUAGGCCGCUUUGGUGUGCAGAGUGUGGUCCCGCAGCCCAACGGGGAGAGCUCCAAGGUGAAGGUGAAGGUGCGGGUCAACGUGCACGGCAUCUUCAGCGUCUCCAACGCCUCCCUCAUCGAGAGGCAGAAAGGGGAGGGCGAGGAAGUCGCCAUGGAAACUGAGCUGACCAGUCAGAACGAGACUAAGGAAGAGCAGCACCCCUCUCUUCUCAUUGAAGACGACAUCUAUGACUAUGAGGAGGAGAGUAAAAUGCACGUUGACCAUGAAGACUCACAGCAGAAGGACCAGGCUCACCUGCCAAACCAGACUGCUGAGGAGGGGGCGAAUCCAGGCUCUGAAUCCAAGGAGAGUGGAGAUAAAGCACAACAGCCAGCCGGUCCUGUGUUGAAGGUGAAGAGUAUUGAUCUGCCCAUACAUGCCAGCACCAUCAGACAACUGGAACGAGACACACUGAACAGCUUUGUAGAAAAUGAGAGGAAGAUGAUUAUGCAGGACAGACUGGAGAAGGAGCGAAUUGAUGCCAAGAAUGCUGUGGAAGAAUAUGUCUACGAUCUUCGAAACAAGCUGUGCAGCGUCUAUGAAAAACUUGUCAGUGAAGAGGAUAGCAGUAAACUUUCCCUCAUGCUGGAGGACACAGAAAACUGGCUUUAUGAAGAAGGGGAGGACCAACCCAAACAAGUAUAUGUGGAUAAACUGGCUGAACUGAAGAAAUAUGGCCAACCCAUUCAGGACAGGCACAUGGAACAUGAAGAGAGACCAAAGAUGUUCGAUGAACUUGGAAAAAAGAUCCAAACCUUUAUGAAGGCUGUGGAAGCUUAUAAAAGAAAGGAUGAAAGAUAUGACCACGUGGAAGCUGCUGAGAUGGUGAAGGUAGAAAAGUGUGUCGGUGAGACGAUGGUCUGGAUGAACAAUAAGAUGAACGCACAAAGCAAGCUGAGUCCUGCCCAGGACCCAGUCGUGAAAGUGUUGGAGAUACUUGUAAAAACCCAGGAACUGGACAGUACCUGCAGUCCUAUCAUCAACAAGCCAAAGCCCAAGGUGGAGUCCCCAGCUGAAGAGGACAAGGCAGACAGAGCUCCCAAUGGCCCUGUGAAUGGACAGAGCGGGGCAGAGGGCAAGGCUGAGCAGACAAAGCCCCCCACGGGAGAGAUGGAAGUGGACUGAGACUGAACUUCACCCCCCUUCAGGAUAUUCCAUCAUUGCACUAACAAUAUAGGUUUCAUGUCCGUUUUAGACCUGUGUUUGGGUUGUUUUUCCAUGUUCCUGUAUUCUAUCAAUUGUCUUUUUAUACUUUCUGAGUUUGUUUGUUUUGUUAAUUUGUCUUUUUUUUUCUUUCAAUUUAAAUCAGUUAUGAAUUGUAGUCAUAGCAUGAUGUGCUUCAAGAUGUGGUAUCUGGCCCUGCCAGAGUUCAAAGUGAGGCAUUUUUAUUUGCACAGCCAUUUUUGUUAUUGUGCUGAUACUGGACCGUACUCUAGUUAUUCAUGUUACAAACUAUUCCAUUUUUAUGGGUUUCUUUCUGCUUUAUCAAUAUAUCUAUCUAUCUAUAUAUAGAUAGAUAGAUCGAUAGAUAGAUAGAUAGAUAGAUAGAUAUAUCUGUGUGCUUCUCAGAACAAUUUGAGAUUGUAGAUAUCGGUAUUAGAUUAUAAUGCUCUGUGUGUGUGCAUUGUGUUGCACAUUUACAGUUUAGGUUUUAAAUUGAAUCUGAGUAGUUUGUUGCUUAUAAUCAGUAAAUACUGCUUUACUACUUUUUUAAUGGGGCCUGCCAAUUCUGUGGUUAAAAGAACAGUAAAAAGUUCAUUUUCUUAAUAAGGUUUAGAACACAAUAGACAUUUUUAUGUUGGGCUGUUGGUAGAAGCUUUGUCAACCAGAUGGCAUAGUUGCAGAAACAUCACACCUUUUGGAUUAAUCUCGAUUCACUUGUAAAAAUAGCAAAGUUUCAGGCAAAAUCCAUCAAACUAAUCAAACACCUACUCUGUGAACAGGAAUGAAGUCAGAAUGAGUGACAAUUUCAGUCAGGCUUGUAAAUGGAAUACUUGAUUUAAUCUGAGCCUAUCCAAAUUUAACACAUUGUAUGACUCAUAUUAAAAGGACAAAUAAAGCGCAAACAGAAAAAAAGUGUCUGCAAAAUUUUUUUUUUAGUUCAUAAACAAGUUUCAGCUAAUGCCACUGUACAUUUUUAGUUUUUUAAUCCAGUAUUACCCCAGCCCUCCCCAAUCUAUGUUCUUGGGACCAUGCGUGACUUAAUGGGUUCAUCUACUUCCUGGAAUAGUAAUUCUAGGAAACUGAUGAGCCUGCAUGACUUGUUCAGCAACACCAGCAUUCCAACAUUUGCAUAACUUGAUUUUAUCUUAUUUGUGAUUUUUUUUUUGUUGUUUCUGUGUCCGUUUCUGAUUUUGAUUCCAUUUUACAUACUGUGUAACUAAAUUUGCUCUACUCGGAAAAAACUCCAGCUGCAACACCUGCAUUAUGCCGUACAGAUUGCAUUCAAAUCUUUCCAUCAGUUUAUGCAAUUAUUUUAGUGUAUUUGUUUGGUUAUUGUGCCUUGCUACUUAUAGAGAACUACCAUUUGGUUUUAAAAAUCUGUACUUCUGCAAGUUUUGUUAGUGCCUAGUACAAUAGCUUGCCAUUGACUGUAUUGUAGUUCAACAGACAGAUGGCCUAGACAUCCUUUAGACAUUGUUCCUCGUUUUUUCCAAUGGAUUUGACUUGUUAAACUGUUCUUGUAAAAAAAAAAAAAGUGCAUUUGACAGCAGGUAGACGGGCACUUUAAAAUGCAGUAC